AUGAUUUCCAAGAGAUUGAGAGUGCUUGCAUUGAUGUUUGUGUUUGUUUUAGGGAUAGGUGAGUGUCGAAAGUUUGAGGAGGAUUUGGAUGGUGGUGCUAGGAGAGAGCUUACUUUUGGUGGUUUUAGUGGGGGUGGGGGAGCCAAAGGAGGAUUUGGCGGCGGCAGCGGUUUUGGAGGUGGUUUUGGAGGAGGGAUUAGUGGUGGUGGUGGUGCUAGUGCUAGUGCUCGAGGUGGAGCUAGUAGAGGUGCUGGUGCUGGUGGUAGUGGUGGUGGUGGUGCUAGAGGAGGCGUAGGUGGAGGAGCUGGAGGAGGUGCAGGUGGAAGAGCUAGUGCUGGUGGAAAAUUUGUAGGUAGUGUAAGUGGUGGGUUUAGUGUUGGUGGCGGCGGCGGUGGAAGAAUUGGAGGAGGAUUUUAA